AUGAUUCAUGAAGAUGCCAGGCUUAUACUAGAGCAUCCAAUCCACAAAGACCUUCUUCCCUUUCUCCAUGCACAUCACACACGCAUAACAAAGAUCCACUACUCCGCGUUCGCGAAGACAGCACUCCACGACACUCUCCAACAAAUAAACACAAAACAUAUCUUCCUCGCGGGAGUCACAACAAACACAUGCAUCGCUGCCACUGCCGUCGAUGCACGCAAAUUGGGUUACGAGGUCACAAUUGCCGAGGACGGCGUCAAGGCAUUCAAACAACAGGCACAUGAUCGAGCAAUACUCACUCUCGCUGAGAAACCAUAUGACGUCGACUGGUGCACUUCCGAUGGCGUUUCUUCUUAUGUUGGCGACGACAAGCAGCUCCAGACACUUCCUGUGCUAUACUGGGUCAAAGGAUCCAUUCCAAGUUGGAGAGUCAUGAUCGCACUCGCAUGGAUGAAGAUUCCAUAUCUCAGCAAGCGCCUCAGAGUCAUGACUGAACCCAAGGAAACUCGAAGCCCCGAGUUCGCACUGAUCAAUCCGAGAUGCAAGACCCUAACAUUUGUAGACAGUGAUGGCACGAUUGUCAUAGAAAGUAUGGCCAUCCUUCAGUAUCUCGAGCGGUUCUUCCCAGGCAUUCCGGAGAAUCGCCCAAGCGAUCUCUCCAAAUCGGAAUGGACACAAGAGACUGUGAGGUUUCAUGAGUCUGAAAACCCUCACAGCAUACGCGAGCCUACAGAACUGCUAUACGAUGCAGAAUGGGAAAAGCAUCGUGAAAACAUUCUCCAAGCCUACCAUGAUAAUUUUCAAAGAACUUGA